UGAGAGAGACUUCCGGUUCCUCUGUUAAGAUCAGCUGACUCUGAUGCUGCUGUCAGGAGACCUCACCAACUGUGUUCAAUGGCAACUAUGAACAUGAUCAAGUCAUAGAAACGCUAUUAACAGCUAUAUUGUUCACUGUCUACAUCCACAUUUAGUAUUCACAGUUUUUUCUCUAGCUGCACCAGUGUUGUAAACCAUGACUGAGUUUUGGUUGAUCUCUGCACCGGGAGAGAAGACCUGCCAGCAAACAUGGGACAAAAUGAUGGCAGCCACCACACGGACCAACAACCUCUCCACCAAUCACAAGUUCAACAUCCCAGACCUCAAGGUGGGGACACUAGAUGUCUUGGUCGGACUGUCGGAUGAACUGGCAAAAUUAGACUCCUUUGUUGAAAGUGUGGUGAAGAAGGUUGCUCAGUACAUGGCUGACGUGCUGGAAGACAGUCGAGACAAAGUACAGGAGAACCUGCUGGCCAACGGAGUUGAUCUUGUCACCUAUAUCACAAGAUUUCAAUGGGACAUGGCAAAAUAUCCCAUCAAACAGUCACUUAAAAACAUCUCUGAAAUCAUCGCAAAGCAAGUGACCCAGAUUGACAACGACUUGAAGACGAGGGCAUCAGCUUACAACAACCUGAAGGGAAACCUGCAGAACUUAGAAAGAAAGAAUGCGGGGAGCCUGCUGACCAGAAGCCUGGCUGACAUCGUCAAGAAGGAUGACUUUGUACUUGACUCAGAGUACCUCAUCACUCUGCUGGUAGUCGUACCAAAGACGGCAUACACUGACUGGCAGAAAACAUAUGAAACACUUGCUGAGAUGGUGGUGCCUCGAUCCACAAAUCUGCUGUUUGAGGACAACGACAGUGGACUGUUCAGUGUCACUCUGUUUCUGAAAGCCAUUGAUGACUUCAAACACAAAGCCAGAGAGAACAAGUUCACAGUGAGAGACUUCCAGUACAACGAAGAGGAGAUGAAGGCAGACAAAGAGGAGAUGACACGGCUCUCCACGGAUAAGAAGAAGCAGUUUGGCCCACUUGUCCGAUGGCUGAAAGUGAACUUCAGUGAAGCCUUCAUUGCAUGGAUUCACAUCAAAGCACUCAGAGUCUUUGUUGAAUCUGUCUUAAGAUAUGGGCUGCCGGUGAACUUUCAGGCCAUGCUCCUGCAGCCAACCAAGAAGACCAUGAAGAAGCUGAGGGAGGUGCUCAAUGAACUGUACAAACAUCUUGACAGCAGUGCAGCAGCCAUCAUCGAUUGUGCGAUGGACAUCCCAGGCCUCAACCUGAGCCAGCAGGAGUAUUAUCCUUACGUCUACUACAAGAUCGAUUGCAACAUGUUAGACUUUAAAGUUUAACACUUUCCCCAUUUUGUCUUUAUGUUGAGUGUCGAUUCAUCUUUUCUGGUACAAACCUCCCUCUCCUCCCCUCUCCCCCGCCUCCUCACUGUCGUCUCUCCCUAUCAACUGCAUGUUCAUUCCUUGUGGUGAAAAGGCUCAUCAGCAAGCUUCUACCACUUUUACAGCCAAGGGACAAAAAAACAACCACUUUUAAUUAUUGUUUUUGUUUACAUUUUAUUUUCCUUCUCAAGCUGCACACAAAAUUAGUUUUUUUUAUGUGAAUUGGAUAAAGAAAUCAUAUUGGAAAGCUCUAUAUUUAUCAUUCCACAUGCGCUUGUGUGUAUUGAUGGCUACAUCUUCUGUAUUGGUGUUCAGAGAUUUGUGUUUACAUAAUGGGCAAUGCUUUCACUGUACCCAUGGCAACCAGAUGUGGUAUGUGUUUGAGAUUGUGGGGUCACACUUGCAAAUGUUGUGUAACAAAGAUGUGAUAUGAGUGUGUGUAUUGUUGUCUCAUGUUGUGUAUAUUUGCUGUCAAAUAAGACAUGUAUCAGAGUAUUGUGUGUAAGCCAUUGAUUGAAUAAAUAUGAUUGACUAAAUCAUA